UCCAUUCUGACAUACCACAAGUCACUUUUAUUUGUGUAGCACUUUUUACAAUACAGACAGAGAUGGGUAGAUUACUUACACAUUGUAGUUGAUCAUUGUAAUUGAAAACUGUAGUUUGUAAUAUAAUCCAGGUUACUCAUUUUAGGUAAUGUAUUCUGACUACUUUUUCGAUUAUCUAGGCUUCUUUUUAUUUAACUCUUUUAAUGUUACUAUUAAACACAUCAUAUUGAUAUAAAAAGCAAAGACAAAUCAAAUAUAUUCAAUUUUUUUUCAUAUCAACAUCAUAAAAUGCAUUAAACAUUACAUUAAACCAUGGGUUUCCAAAACUGGGCUUAAUGUAGGCUAAGAACUGCAGUGUGAGUUGAUAAAAUAAUAAUAAUAAUAAAUAAUAAUAAUAAUUAAUUAUAUCAUAAAAAUGUAAAAUCAAUUUAAACACUUGAACUUCAUCUGUAUGUCAAUGUGACCAUUAAGCAACAUUGAACUGUAAACGUGUGAAUGUGUGGUUAAAUUAUUAAACUUUUAACUUCCUUAAAUAUUUCAAGUAAAUAGUUAAUGUCAAAGGGGUUUGACUGACAAAUAUGUUUGGGAAACCCUGCAUUAUAUGAACAAACAUUAUUAAACAUGAAAAUACUGUAGCAAUGACAUUACUACAUGCCCAUAGUCUUUUAGGUCUGAAAUAUUUUUGUCCAGACUUCAAUCAACAGUUACUGAAGGUCACUGGAUCACCUUUGGCUCAUUGUACACUUAAUGUAUCCAACAACAAAAAAAUAUAUAUAUGAAUGAAUUAAUGAUGAAUGACAUAUAAUCCAGUAUACACGUAGGCUAUACCCUGAUUUACUUUUCUUUUUUUCCUCUUUAUUUGUGUAGGCUAUUCUUACAGUUUAUCGUUGUUAUUAUUAUUAUUAUUAUUAUGACCGAUAAUUUUUAUGUUCAUUAAGAAACGCUACAGAUGUCAACACUGCUCGUGGUUCAUGAUGCUGUAGCGCAUAUCUCCUGCACUAGAGGGCAACACAGAGCCACUACACCGAAUGUGAAACGUCCUGCAGUUCUGAUAUGUUCCGUUUACUUCGCUGAUAAUAAAGCAUAAGCUUAAAAAGCCACAAAAAGGAGUGUUGUUCCCUCAACAUAAAUCGAGAUCACUAUUAGAUAGUCUUAUUACUGGAAGAUGGCAAACUUUGCGGCUCUUAUCCUGAAUCCUAUCUGUCGCAAAACUGUCCGUGACUUCUCUUAUAAAACAGCAUUUUAUUAUUAUUAUUUGUAAAGUCUAAAAACAUAUCAAUCUAAAAAGAAUGGUUAAUGUCAAGCAUGUUGAAGAUGAGGGUGUUUUCUAACCGGAAGAAAUUUAGAGUUGCACCGUCAGCUGCACGCCGGUGACGUCGCUGUUUAUGUUUACCAAAAAGUGACAGAUUUAACUGGAAUUAUUCCUCGAAGCUGCAGUUUGGCUGUACGUAUCUUAAAAUAAGAUGCCACAGAAAGAUCCUUGUCAAAAACAGGCAUGUGCCAUACAGAAAUGUUUACAAGCCAACAAAUACAUUGAAAGCCUUUGUGAGGAUGUGAUUCAAGCCAUGAGGAAGUGUUGUGAAGUCCAUGCAGGAGAAAACUCUGUCUGCUGCUCUGGAUUUGCCAAGGAACACAAAUCUACAGACACAAAGACAAUCAUUUAAUAGAAAGCUAAACAGUACGCAUGUAUAUUUGCUGCAAGAGAUCGGAGACGACUUUCAUGGACAUAUGGAAUACAUAUUCUUCAAAGACUAUAUAAUUGUGUGGACUGAUCACUGUCAUCUUCCACUUGUGUCUUCAUUCUUACAAUCAAACUUUCAUUAAAUCAUCAAACUGUC